AUUAUUUUGGGAGCACCGGGCGUGUCGUUCUCACGCUCACGCAAACCCUGGAAUUCAUGUGGGGUGGCUAUUAGUGUUUUUGUUUUUUAAACUAUAACUAACGCUACCAGGCCUCGGAGGCGUUGUGUGAGAAGAAGAUGCACUAUUACAGAUAUGAAAAUGCAGAGGUCAGCUGUUGGUAUAAAUACCUUAUGUUCAGCUACAACAUUAUCUUUUGGCUAGCUGGAACAGCAUUCAUUGCAAUUGGCUUCUGGGCCUGGAGUGAAAAGGGUGUUUUAUCAGAUCUGACACAAGUUACACGUCUACAUGGUUUUGACCCAGUUUGGGGGGUGCUUCUUGUGGGCACAGUCACGUUCAUUUUGGGAUUUGCUGGGUGUGUAGGAGCUCUCAGGGAAAACAUCUGCCUCCUUAAGUUUUUCUGUGGAGUCGUCGGCUUCAUCUUUUUCAUGGAGUUGACGGCUGCAGUGUUGGCGUUCGUGUUCCAGGGCCAAGUUAGGGAGUGGAUCAAUGAUUUCUUCUUGGCUAAUGUGAAGGCCUACAGGGACGACAUUGACUUGCAGAACCUGAUCGACUCUCUCCAGAAACUGAAUCAUUGCUGUGGAGCUAAAGACCCCAACGACUGGAAUCUAAAUGAGUAUUUUAACUGCUCAAACAGUAACCUCAGCAGAGAGAAAUGUGGAGUGCCCUUCUCCUGCUGCAUCAGUGACCCUGCUGAUACAGUGUUGAACACGCAGUGUGGAUAUGAUGUUAGAAAUCCUAACUCACUGCCGGACUGGAGUAAAACCAUUUAUGACACAGGAUGCAUAAAUGCUUUGGAGCAGUGGCUGCCACGCAAUAUCUACAUUGUGGCUGGAGUCUUCAUAGUGAUAUCAUUGCUACAGAUGGUGGGAAUCUUUUUGGCGAGGACGUUGAUUGGAGACAUUGAAAAAUACAAGUCUGAUUAUUAAUUAAACACAUUUAUUAUUAACACAUUACUGAAAAGGAGCGAAGGGCAAUGUUGGGAAAAAUUUGGAUCUGUUAUUUGUGGAGAAGAGGACUCUAGAACAUUCACUGGACCACCUUUUCAGAAUUUCUAUAAACCACAUGUUGAAUACGCAGCUGUCUAAGUUUACCUGGAUACUGUCACAUGUGUGCCUUGUCUCUUCAAGUUUACUCUUGGCCCACUCCCUAUUUUUCUUUGAAUAGAUUUUUUUUUUUUAAAUUUUCAAAUCUUUUUUUUUAUUUUUAUAGGACUAUAAUUAACCAAUCAUUUGAGACCAUUUCAUUUUUGAGACCACUAUUAACCAAGCUGGGUGUACAUAGUGGCAACAUAACCUACAAACUAACCUGAAAUAAUUGUAAUGAUGAGCACAAGCUAGAAAAAAUGUAGGAUGUUUUUAAGAAGUAUGUUUAUUUUUCCUUUAGAUAAAAACCUAUAAAAAAAAAGAAGAAAAAAAGAUUGACAAGUCUCUUAUAGUAAAAUGUGUAAUGAAAGAGAAAACAUUUACGCAGUUUUAACUACAGUAAAUACAUAUCCUAAAAGUUUGUUGUAUCAGUAACAUAAUAUUUUUGCAGUCAGAUAGAUGUUCUGCAUUUAAUGUCAACUUCAAAGGGUGCAGAAGAAAAAUAUCAGGAUCUGAGACUAACUACUCGCAUGUAAAUGGAACAGAAUUGAGAAUGCAUUUGGGUAGAAAUCAAAUGCCAGCAAGUCUAAAAGAGAAGUGAGCUGAUCUAUUUGGUCUUGCGUGAUACAGAUAAGAUGAGUCAGUUUGUGAUCUGUAUUUAACCAUAAGAAACUCAUAUACGCUAUUACGUGUCCUGUUAGUAUUCUUUUAACUGAAUAUCUUGCAUUUAAGAGUCACCAAAGUUUGAUGGUAGUUACCAUAUGGCUUAUAAUAUACCAGUCAACACUGCCUUGAGAUGCCAACAUUUACCUCCUUUUUUCUACUCUUACUUGGUGACUUGUACAAAAAUGCAGAUUGUGCCUUUUCUCUGGCAUUUGAAGAUUUCAUAAAAUGUAUUGUACCGUGUUUAAGCAAUUAAACCCAUGAUUAGCAUUUUU